ACGCUGGACACCUCGAAGAUGAUAGAUAGGGCAGAAUGAGAGUGAAUUUGACAAGGGAAAAGAAAGAACAAAAACAAGACUAAUCUGAUUGAUCACGUUUUAUUUCCUUGUGGUGAAUCAACUAAAAUAACUAAAAUUAGUGGUUUCUUUUACAAAUAAAUGAAUUUGAACUAUUGUAAAGGAAACUAAAAAUACGAGCAAGUUAAAACCGACAGCUACAUGACAGGUUAAAAUCGCAGGACAAACAGUUAAUGGGAAUAAUUCUAUCUGCAAGAGGCAAACUAUUUGUGAGUAAAACAUGAACUAAACCAAAACGAGAAAGAAAUAACAAUAUAUUUUGAUUGUAGCUUUGAUCUACUUCCACGGAACGUUGAUUCGAAGAUUGUUUACAUAAUCCGAACAAAAUCAAAGAAAUACGAUUCGGAUAACCUCAAAAGAUGAGUGUUUCUUCCGAGAAAAACUGUUUGCUGUGCGACGAUCCGGAUCGAGCUGAUCGGAACAUGGUCCAAUGCGACGAAUGCAGGCUUUGGGCGCAUUUUUGCUGUGCCGAGGUCGGCGCCGAUAUAAAGGACAAGCCCUGGAGUUGCCCAAAGUGUUUGUCUCGGCUCAGAGUGCCGGAAGAAAAGGGCAAGAAGAAAACCAAGAAGUCUGGUUCCAAGAGCGACGCUGGAUCAGUAAGAAGCUUAGUUUCGGCUAUAGAGCAGCUUGAAAUGGAGCAGAGCGCGCGAGAGAAGGCCUUGGAUGAGGAAAGAGCUGUUCGGGAAAAGCGUUUGGAAGUGGAAAGAAUCCUGACCGAAAAACGAUUGAGGCAAGAAAAGGAAAUUCGACAACUAGAACUGCAGCAGGAGCGCGAGUUACAAGAAAUGCAACUAAGGCAAGAGCAGGAAAUGAUGGAAAGAAAAUUAGCGGCUGAAGAAGACUUCAUUAAAAGACAACAGGCGAUGCGAGAACAUUUCAAGCUGGCACAUAGUUCGACCAAGGGGAAAUUAAACCUGUUAACUAGCGAAGAUGGUGCAGUUGGGGGCGAGGUCAGAAGCGUACCCAAGGGCAACGUAGGACUGGACGUCAUCUCAACCCGUGAGGUCAUCUCUUCGGCUGGCAGUAAGGUUGAAAAUUGGCUGAAAGAGCAACAGGCGGGUCAACGGCAAGAUCAUCGAGGGGCGUUUCCUAAGUCGACAAAAUUUCAAGAAGAAGCACUGAAGAAGAAGAAGAAGUUGUCAAAGCUGGAGCGGCUGAAGGCUUUGCUCGAAGAAGAUUCAAGUGAAGAAACGGAUCAAGAAUCGGUUGACGCUGAAGGAAAUGGGGAACCAUUCGGAGAAGAGCCACCAGAGAGCAUUGCAAAGCAAAACUGGACUCCAGGAAUCACUGAGCUGGAACAGAACCAACGAACGGACACGGACAAUCGAUGGAACAGGAUGCCGGACGGGCCGGGGUAUAUGAGGGCCCCAACCAAUGCCGAAUACGGUCGACGAGUGGAUGGCUUGGGACGGACUAGUUUCGCUACAAACAGAUAUGGUGAGAGAUUGAAUGAUCCAGAUCAACAACACCGUAAUCGUUUGGCGGGCCAACGAGAGAUCGAACAGUUGCGACCGUUAACAUCGGAACAAAUGGCAGCUCGGCAAUUCAUGUCCAAACAAUUGCCAAUAUUCAAAGGGGAACCAGAAGUGUGGCCUCUCUUCAUAAGUAGUUUCGAGAACACCACCAACGCUUGCGGCUUCACAAAUCUCGACAACUUAAAGAGGCUGCAGGAUUCCCUGCAAGGUGAAGCACUAGAAGCUGUGCGAAGUCGAUUGGUAUUGCCUGAUGCAGUUCCAGGAGUGAUCACCGAUCUCCGGAACCUGUUUGGAAAGCCAGAGAAGCUCCUCAAGACUUUGUUGGUCAAGGUGCGGAGGGCACCAGCACCGAGGGCCGACCGUUUGGAAACGUUCAUCCAUUUUGGAAUCAUCGUUAAGCAAUUGUGUGACCAUUUGGAAGCAGCCGGCCUAACAGAUCUCUUGAAUAACCCCAUGUUGGUCCAAGAAUUAGUAGAGAAGCUUCCACCCAACUACAAACUGGACUGGGUGCGUUUCAAAAGAUUCAGCCAUGGUAGCCCACUGCGAAUGUUUACCGAUUUCAUUUCUGAUGUGGUAUCGGAUGUGUCGGAAGUAGCGGAUUUCUCUGCGGCGAGCUCUCCAGAACCGGUACGCGCAAAGCACCGGAGCGACAAGAAGAAGGAAUAUGUUCAUCUACACGCUGCGUCAUCAAAAGGAGAACCCGCUAGCGGUAAAGCUGUAAAGCCCGAAGUAAAGCCUUGCUGGAUGUGUAAACGGUCAGACCACAAGAUAAGGUAUUGCGAUGAUUUCAAGAAGUUAUCAGUGACGGAUCGUUUGAAGUUGGUGGAAAAGCACAAGUUGUGCGUACUCUGCCUAAAUAGCCAUGGAAAAGCAAGAUGCAGUUUCAAGCUACGCUGCAACGUCAACGACUGUCAGGAGUACCAUCACCCAUUGCUACACCGCACAAGGGAGUAUGUCCAAACAGUUGAAGAAUACUCCAAUGCACAUUGUCGUUUGAACAGAUCGGUCAUCUUCCGGAUGGUACCAGUGACGAUUUCGGUCGGGGAUCUGUCCGUCAAUACACUGGUGUUUCUCGACGAGGGAUCUUCAGUGACAUUGAUUGAAGACAUCGUUGCCAACCAGCUACAAGUGAAAGGAGUGCCGGAGCCCCUAACAGUGACGUGGACUGGCAACAUGAAAAGGCACGAAGACGGAUCUAGAAGAGUCAACGUUUUGCUGGCUGCGAGAGGUUCAAAUGAGAAACUUUUGUUACAAGGUGCCCACACUGUUUCAGGAUUGGUUCUCCCAAAGCAAAACGUGAAUCUAAAAGAGGUCAAAAGGCGCUUUCCUCAUUUACGUGAUUUGCCAGUAGCUGAGUUAGGUUUGGAAGAACCGACAAUAAUGCUCGGGUUGGACAACCUACACAUAUUUGCUCCGCUGGAAUCUAGAAUCGGUCAACCUGGCGAACCAAUAGCAGUCAAAACCAAAUUAGGGUGGACUGUUUAUGGUCCCUUGCAGAAGAACCAGAUGGCGACGGUUCAUGUAAAUUUCCAUAUGAUAGAUCCAGUGUCGAACCAAGAACUGCAUGACGUGAUGCGUGCUCAAUACUGUCUUGAAGAAUCCGGAGUUAUGCCCUCUGGAGUUCCUGAAUCGCACGAGGAUCAAAGAGCACGCGAGAUUCUGCGGACGACUACUGUUCGCAUUGGUGACCGUUUUGAGACAGGGUUACUCUGGCGACGCGAUGAAAGAAGAUUUCCCGAUAAUUACGGUAUGGCGAAGCGAAGAUUAUUGGCGUUAGAGCGAAAGUUGGCGAACAAUCCAAAGAUGCAGGAGGCCGUCCGUCUGCAAAUCACUGAAUACCUAGCAAAACAAUAUGCUCACAUAGCGACCGAGGAGGAACUACUUGGGUCCAAUCCGGCGGAGGUAUGGUACCUACCACUGAACGUUGUGAAACACCCACACAAGCCAAAUAAGUUACGCCUGGUUUGGGAUGCCGCCGCGAUGGUUAGAGGAAUCUCACUGAACACAGAACUGUUGAAGGGUCCAGAUAUGCUGUCAUCGCUACCAUCUGUUCUUAGUUGUUUUCGAGAGCGCCGAGUUGGAUUUGGUGGUGACAUAGAGGAAAUGUAUCACCAGUUAAAAAUAAGAAGGGAAGAUCGCCAAGCACAACGUUUCCUCUAUCGUUCACACCCAGACGACGCAGAGCCACAGAUCUAUGUGAUGGACGUUGCGACUUUCGGGUCGACCUGCUCACCGUGUUCCGCGCAGUUUAUAAAAAAUCUGAAUGCGGAAGAGUACGCCUGUCAAUACCCAGAAGCUGCCACUGCAAUCACGAAACGCCACUAUGUGGAUGAUUACUAUGACAGCGCCGACACUGUAGCAGAUGCUGCGAAACUUGCUAAGGAUGUGAAGCUAGUCCACUCAAAGGGUGGCUUUCACAUCAGAAAUUGGGUCAGCAAUUCCAUUGAGUUUAGGAGAGAGAUGGGUGAACAAAAUGCAGCUACAACUGUUCACCUGAAAGAUAAAACAGCGGGAACAGAUCGCGUCCUGGGUGUAAUGUGGGAUACUCGAAGUGAUUGCUUUCUAUUCGUUACCCCUUCCCGUUCGACUGGAGACCACCCAACAAAACGUGAAAUCCUUAGCUGUGUCAUGGCAAUAUUUGACCCAUUGGGACUUCUGUCGCCGUUUACCGUCUUAGGAAAAAUCCUCGUACAAGACUUAUGGCGGACUGGAUGCGAUUGGGAUGCGCCGAUUGAUGAAGAAUCUCUUUGUAAAUGGAAAGACUGGACGCAGCAGAUGACGAAAAUGGAAAAUGUUAGGAUUCCCAGGGCCUAUUUCGACAAUGCCACGACUUCUCAGCUGCACGAUAUUCAGCUACAUGUAUUCACUGAUGCUAGUGAGAGCGCCUACGGUUCCGUCGCUUACUUUCGCGCUGUGGUUGAUGGUGAUGUACGUUGUACUCUGGUGAUGAGCCGAACGAAAGUGGCGCCACUUAAGCAGCUUACGGUACCAAGAUUAGAGCUUCAAGCAGCUGUAAUGGGUGCUAGAUUGGCGAAGACAGUCUGCCGUAAUCACAGGAUCGUACCUGACAAAGUUUUUUUUCUGGUGCGACUCUCGCACAGUGCUAUCCUGGAUACGCUCGGAUCAACGACGAUAUAAACCGUUUGUG